AUGAAAGCGAUGAGUAGAACAGCUGUUCGUUUUUGCGUAUUUAUUCUUCUUAGUUGUUUAGUUGUUCAAGUGAAUUCUCAAACAUGUGGUGGAAUGUCUCAAUAUGAUCAAUGUUCGACAAAUAGUGCAUGUGGAUGUUAUUAUAGAGCAGAUUCUGAUAAUAUUGCUAUUUGUGGUUCUCUCUGGGUGACUUGUUCUGAACUUGUUUCUUGUGAAUCUUUAAAUAAUACUUGUGAUGAACCUAAUCAUAUCUGCAUUCAUCAUCCACGAUGUCAUAAUUUUCCAGUUUGCUAUCCGUUAUCAAUGAGUAGUCCACAAAUCUGUCCAGAAAUUAUAAUGACGGAUACUACAACAGCUUCGAGUACAACCAUCACAACAACAGGUAAGUGUUCCUGUUUUUUUUCUCAAUUGGGAACUUUAACAGACACAAAAAAAAACUACAUCAUUUGAAUGAAAGGAUAUCAAUGAAAACGAUAACGAAAAUCGAAAAUACAUUGGUGUAUUGCUGGCAUUUGGAAGAUUUUUUUCUUUUAAAUGAAGAAAAGACGCAUAUAAUACUAUUCCAUAUGAUUAUUGUUUGUCGCAAAAAUUUCUGACCAUUGUAUGUCUAAUCUAUUAGUAUAAUGAAUGAAUUACCUAUUUGCAGAAAGGCAUAACAAAUAUUUAGAUUUCAGAAAAAAAAGAUUUUCUGUUGCAAUUACAAGAGUUUUUAGUUAAAAUGUUAUAUUGGACAUCGUAAUAGCAAAGAACUAGAUGGUAUUCGAGUUUCGACUCGAAUACGAAAUGCCCUGCGAAGCACGAAUCAUACGAAUUUUCGAAAAAACGAUAUUUGUCAAAAAACGAGACUUCGAUUUUCUAAACUAUAUUGAUCGCUAUUUUGACUUAAAUUCGUUACUGACUCUUUUAGAUAGACACUCUUCUUCAUCUUCAUCAAACAGAUGAUCUCAUCUGGACUCAGAAUGAAAGCCGUCCAUUAUAAAAUUCAUCACUACAGAAACUCUAUGAAAACGUAUCGAUAGAUUUCUAUGAGUUGUUUCCUAUUGAUCAAUUAAUUAUCUCAGUGAUUCAUUAUCUACUAUCAGCUGUAAUUCGCAGCUGUUUGAUAUAUAGCUAAUGAAAUUAGCGCCUAACUUUUCUUUUGAAUUUUCAUUUUAAUUAUCUCGAAUAUAAAAUCUUUCAAAAUCGUCUUUUUCCUAAAUUAUUUGUAAUUCAACGAUUCAUUCUAGUGAAAACUGGAAAACGAAUUUCAACGAUUUGAUCUUGAUACUUUCAUCUCGCGUUUAAACUUUUUUUUUCUGUUUUUCCGUUCUCGAGAUCAUCGCGACACAAAAUGACUACUUUUGAUGCGUACGUCAAGUAAAGAAGAAAAAAACUAGAUGGUAUUCGAGUUUCGACUCGAAUACGAAAUGCGG